GACGAUGGUGCGCGAGUAGACGCCCACACACUCAUGUUCUCCUCUGCGGUGCAACCGCCUCUCGUCUCACUUUUCUCGUCGACCGGGAGCGAUCCUCUGACUCUUUUCUCAUCUCACACGGACAAGUCUCUGCCCGCAGACUCUUGCAUAUGUCUCCUGAACGACUCGACAUCCUUGCCGCACCCACCACCGCCGGCGACUCUUGUCUCGCUCGACGACGGACAGGAUCCUGACCGGCCGGACUAUGAGCUAAACCAAACGGUCCUCCAUAUGCAGUCGCCUGUACUGCGGACGACGUAUGUCAGGUGCCCGCCGUUAGGCCAGCGAGAGCGUGGAAGGGGCAGACGCGUGAGGGAGGGCGAUCUUGGACUCGAGCAUCCCUGGAUACACCUCCAAGUGCGCAAUCUGCACAGGGAAUGGUCGUUUGAGGUGGGCAUUGUGGACCAGUCGGGGAGAGAGGGUAUCGUGCGAUGCUCCACGUUCCAGAGGGAACCGCGAUUGCAACUUACCAAAUCUCCGCUGCUUCACCUUCCGCUGAGUUUUCCGUCGCCGGUGUCGCGCCCCCUGACCUCAUGGUCAACGAUUACGCUCAACCUGCCUUCCCUCCUGCCACACUUUUCCUCCGCGUCCCUUAUACGAGUACGAGAGACGUCCGGGAACGCGGAAGACGACGUGGAUGAGCAGGACUCGGACGUGUCGCACGUAUUUGAUGGUCCUCGGCGCGCUGCGGUGCCCAGCGGGACGUACUCGCACGUCUCGUACGUCAAGGUAUACGCGACGUGUAGGUUAAGGCGAAUCUGGCUCACGGAGAAUGACCCGAGACAGAAGCUGCCUUGGGAGUUCGAGCUUUAUGCUGCUUGACGUCUCAGUCUAUAAACGUGUCUUCUAUGUACCGUAUCGCUGCAAGCCCCAAAUCACUAUACCAUGCGAUGCAAUGCGAGCAUGUCCUCCAA